GAAGCAUUGAGCUUACUUGGCGGCUAAGGUAAAAUAUGCUCCACUUUUAGUGAAAAUUCACAGUAUAUUAACAAAUCGUUACGUACCGAGUGGCAUUCACUUACAAGCGAAAAUGGAAAACAUUUUGCCACCAAUGAAUUUUAUUUAUUCAUAAACACUGAUGGAGAAAAGUGUAAACUUCUUGUUGAACAAGAAAGAAAAAGAUCAAUCAUCAAAUAAAACGAAUGUAAUGAAUGAAUCGUUAAGUCAGAAAGUGACUGAAACCACUUCUGACCUACUUAUUUCACUUGCAAAUGAACCUUCACUGGCUUAUUUUCAUAUUCAAGAACAUAUUAGAAAAUCAGUUCCAGAAAUCUUGAAAUACCAAGUUGAAAAUUUCUUAUAUUUUUAUUCACAAUUACGUGGUUCUUGUUAUGAUCUUGACUAUGCACUUGAUAAUGUUAGAAGUAUCUCAAAGGCUACAGUACAUUUUAACCGGAUUAAUGAGCUCUUAAAGUCGAGCUUAUUUGCUAAACUUCAGUUGGAUUAUGCACGCAUGAACGCUCCACCAGUUGAAGUAGGCAUCGAUCUCGUCUCGUGGGAUCUAAAUGAUGAAGAGCUGUUAAGUUUAAGUCAUAAAGAGCCACAAAAACGAAGACCAACUCAAUGCAACCAAGAUGUACACACUGACGUUUCUUUCCAAAACAAAUGCACAGAGAUCCCUACGAACUCACGAACAUUAAGCCACAUAUCCAACACAGUGUCGACAGCAGCUGUACAAGUACGUGACCAAGCUAUCAAUUUAACCAGGAGAGUUUUGUGGACACAAAGUGCCGAUGUGUCUUACUCUAUCAUCUCACCCAUUUUAUCUGAUUCUAAAAUUACUAACUCCUCGAGUUCAUUUGAUGAGAAACCAAAAUUUUUGGAAAUCUAGUUUAACAAACGAAUCCUAGUAAGGGAAUGAGCUCUGUAAAUGAGUAGCUGAAACUGUUUUAUAAGCAGCUACUUCUUAUAAUUACUGGCAAUGUUGCACAUUGUAUCAUACAAAUACAAUAUUCUUAUACCUA